UGUACAGGAUUCCCUCCCAGGGGAGUCUCAAGGCCAGCCCCCAAAGCCCUCACCCUGCCCCCCAGGUUCCCCUCAGGACUUCCUCGGAGGGAGGGACUCAUGAGAGAGAGGAUGCGACUCCUCCGGGAAAAUGGCUGGGCAGGAAGGGGGAGAGGGCUGGGCCUGGUCAGCUCCAGCUGCUCUUUCCUCCGUCCUCCUAAUGCCUCCCCUAAUUCUGGAUGGUGUGGGGGUUCAGGCAGUUGGUGCUGAGCGAGCUUUAAGAGUGGAGCUCUGCUGGGGAGCAGGGCUAGGGUGGAGGCACAGGGCAGAGUGGGUACCACCCUCUGUCACCAGCUCCGGGGAGAAGUGUUCAGGGCAGCAGGGUCAGGGUUCAGAUCCGCUGAGGCCAGAGGAAGAGCAGAGGAGGCCAAUGGGGAGACUGGACAGGGUUGGGGGAAGUGGUGGUAUCCAGGGGCUCAGAGGUAUUAAAGCCCAGGUUGCUAACUUCGUCCUGGUCCCUGGGCCCUGACAGGACACCUGGCUCGAAUCUGGGCCUGAACUUCCUCUUGCAUGUUUGUGAACAGGUUUGAGUGUCGUGUGUUCAUUUGCAAAACUGUCAAACACCUGCCCUUCCUAACACAAAGGAGGUCAGGAGGUGAAGGAGUGAGACUGCCUCAAACGAUAACUCCAAACAUGCUGACCGUGAAUGGCAUCGAUGUGGCCUCUACGCUAUCCCAGCCCACCCACAUCAACAUCCAUAUCCAUCAGGAAUCAGCUUUGGCCCAGCUUCUAAAGGCUAUGGGUUCCCUGGUGUCCCGCGUGUCUCAUCCUCGGGGCGCUGCCCCUCCCAAGGCGAGGAUGAGCCACGGACAGCUGGCACUAGGGGUGACCCAGAUACUGCUGGGGGCUGUGAGCUGUGCUCUUGGGGUGUUCCUCUGCUUUGGGCCCUGGACUGAGCUGCAUGGCUCAGGCUGUGCCUUCUGGGCCGGGGCUGUGGCUAUUGUGGCAGGAGCAGGGACCAUUGUCCAUGAGAAGUACCAGGGUCGACGUUCAGGCUGCGUGUCAGGUCUGCUCACCCUGGCUGGCAUCACCACGGCCCUGGCAGCUGUUGUCCUUUGUGUGAAUAGCUUAACCUGGCAAACUGAUGGCUUCUUCUACAUUAGCUCAGUGUGUGAUCGCCCCACCCCUGACACCACAACCAGUGGGUACAGAUGGAUGCAGCGAAGCAGGAGUGACUCAGACUGGAGGGAGAAUCAGUGCAAGUCCUACAUGCAGAUGCUGGUGAAUCUGUUCCUAGGAAUCCGUGCUCUGCUCCUAGCUGUCUGUGUCCUGCAGGCCAUUGUGUCCUUGGCAUCCCUGAGCAUGGGUCUUCGAAGCUUGUGCAGCCAGAGCUCCCAGCCCCUGGAUGAGGAAGGGUCGGAGAAGAAGCUACUGGGGGAGAAUUCCGUGCCUCCCUCUCCCUCCAAGGAGAGCACCCAGGCUACCAUCAUCCUGUGAGCUGCCAGGACCUGCCUGGGCCCCUGAGUCUCCCUGUCUUGAGUAGCCCAGGCCUACGGAGGACCAUCUUGCUUUCCCAGGGCCCCUCACUGGCCUGUUCCUCACACUGUGUCUCUUCUUUGGCCACUUUGCAGCCCCUCCUCCUUCCUUCUCGCCUCACCACCGCCUUACCCAGUAACCCCACUCCAGUGUCCUCAGUUCAAUGAACAUAUAUUAUCUCAUUUUCCCUGGCCCUGAUUAAACAGAAACAAGUAGGACAAAUCUUAUACAGAAAAGAUGUGGUCUCCUUUGUUUAUACAGGUGGUACGCUGUGAGUGGCCUUUGUGUGAUACGUAUGGAAUCAAACAAGAGUUGAUUUAUCACAUGGGAACAAGGUCCCAAUCAAAUUAAAUUUAAUUAUGUUCUUCUCUCUAUCACAAGUGGCAAAACUCCUUUUUACAAUUUCCUUCCAUUCAAUGUAAAGUGAAAAUAACUUUCAUGUACCCAAAAUCUUUUUACCUACUAAGAUUGUUUCUAUCAUCUGCAACUUUAACCUGUAGGCUUUAAAAAACUAUGUGAAGUCAUGGAACAAGAUUUUUUUUCUCCCCCCUCCCUUCCUUUCUUUUUUUGCAGUGAUUAGUAUUGGUUCUCUGUCCACACACACACAAGCCUA